AUGGCUGAUUUAAUCGAGGCGUUUGAAGCAACUAUUAUGAAUGCAAUGGAUUUAUAUCCAAGCAUGUUUGAUUGCGUAAAAUAUUUUUUUCCAAAUCGAUCUCUCAAAGAUUUACUAAUGGAAUUAGUUGAAUCGAAUGAAUUAAAUCGAAAAAUAGCUAAGGAAUUCGCUGAUCGAUUUUUUGUAAAAGUUUUAUUGACUACACGAACUGCAUUAUCGGCUUUUGCUCUUGAAAAUGGAAUUUUCGUCGAUAUUGUUUCACCAAAUGAAUGGGAACCUUUCGUGUAUUGUAAUGGUUCAUUGUUGAAGAAAACAGUCAUUGAUUGUUUGGUAUUAUUGCAUUUGGCAUAUGAAGCAAGAUCUGUUCCAAAUUUGAUAUCAGCGCAUAACUUAGAUCAAAUUGAAGUUCUUCGUUCUGCAGCCGCAAUGCUUAUUGGAACGAUUGAUUUUAAACAGUUUGGCUUUUUAUUGCCUGAAAUCAUCCAUGAAACUUAUGGAGUGCCCUUUCCUCGCAAACAAGAUAUGAAAGAUUGUAUCAAUCGGCGAAAGGAUUGCUUUAUCGUUGAAAAUAAUAAUGCUUUAAACGAGGUAAAUAUGGAGGUAAAUUCUGAAUCGGCUGAAUUCAUUAAUGCUUGUGAUCAUUUAUUUUUAAGGUUAAGCAAUAAUGACUGUGAUAUUCAAGAGAUACAACGUAGCUUCGAACCUUUGGUUAAUUUAUUAAAAGUUGACGAUCUACACUUAGUCGACAGUUAUUUGCGACUUUUAUGCAAAUUUUUUAUGAAUUCACAGGACUUGAAUAAAGUAAUGCGAGAUUUUUUCACGUGGUGCAUCGAAAAAUAUAAUUGUCUUCCCGAAUAUAGUGAGAAAUAUAUGAAUUAUGCAAACGAAUUAUCAAUCACGAUCAAUAAAUUAAGUAAUUGGGCUCAUUCUGAUGAAAAAUCUGAAGCGAUUUUUUAUUCUAUUUAUAAAGAGAUUGCCAGUUUUGUUUUCAUUUCACCUAAGAAAACUCUAUGGAUAUUACUUUCUCAGUGUCUUGAAAAUCAAACUAUUGUUCCAAAAACAAUCAAGCUUUUUCGCUUAUUACCUUCUUUAUUGGAAUUAAAUGUGAAAGACCCUACAUCAGAUCAUGAUGUACGUAUUCCUAUCGUUCUAUUUGCAUUGAGAAAAUUACUUGGAGCUGUGGAAGAAAUUCUGGAAGAUAAGGAACGAGAUGUUGGCUCAAAUUAUGUUUAUUUAGCUUCUGCAUUAUCGCGUAUACACUAUAAGACAUCAAAGAAUAGCACCGAUUCAAAUGAAUCAAUUAUAAAUAAACCUGUGCUUCAUCAAGCCAUUGUCAGUGGCAAUGAUAUUUUUUUCUAUUUGGUACUUCCUGAACUUUUCACUAGUAAACAUAUGUGCUAUAUGCUUACGCUGAUUCUUCGAAUGUUGUCCUUUUCUACUUAUCAACGUACUUCUCUCAUUUGGUCGAGUCACAUAAAAGAAAAUGAUGAUAAGCAAAUAUCUGCACCGGGUUUGUUGCUAUUAUUAGCUGAUAUGAAUGGAGCAAAGCAAAGUUCCGAACAAAUCAGUUCAUUAUGUUUUGCAUGUCUUAAGGCUCUAGCUAUAAGAUUGAGAGAAGAUAAAAUCGUUCUGGAUGAGGAAAUAUGUGGUUUUAUUUUGAAAAAACUCAAUAAUUUUUACUGGUCCGUUAAAUAUGCUAUUGUUUCAUGGUUUUUUGAUAUACUGCAGUCGCCAAAACGCGAAGUUCCUACUGGUAUAUUUCUAUCACUUUCACCUAAAUGUCAAAAAAACUUUGUUCAAAUUAUUGUUGAUUUUGACUUUUCUCCAACAACAUGCUUCUUACAAUCAAUUUUUGAGCUAGCAUUUGUUGAUAGUCAGCUAGCUCUCGAGCUAAUUGAUCAAGGAUUUUCAAUUACUCCAUUAAGAAACAAUUUGGGCGUAAAAAUGGCUCAAGCAGUUGUUGAUGCAAUGCCUGAUGAAAUCGCUAGUGAUAAAGUGAUUGCUGUUUUGGAUAUAAUAAAAGCUUUAGUUGAUUUAUUCGAUCCACCAAGAGAUUCCAUGUCUCAUAUUGAAUUUUCCGAGAGCUCAUUUUAUGGCCUUCGUCUUAUUGAACCAUUACUAAUCUUCGGCGAUGCGAGUUUAUAUAGCGCUGAACAAGAGUUUUUCAGUGAUGUUCGUCCAAUUCCUGAAAAAGUUAUUGUAAAUCGUUACGCUAGGGUCAGUGUUCAAGCUGCUCAACUAUUCUGUUAUUCAUGCAUUAUAAGUCAGCAUGUGAAAGGAGUGCCUAAAGAUUUGCAACUGCUCCUUUUAACAUUGAUUGAUCAUCAUAAUGAAUUGCGAAAUAUGGUUGCUGGUCCCAUUCUUGAUUUUAUGGAGACCAAUUCUCGAGCCGGUAAGGUCGUGCAUGCAUAUUGUAAUGUGGAAAGUAAUAUUGAAAAAACUGAAUUGCCCGAAAAGAAUGCAAAAAUAGUCAAAAUUGGUGAAAAAGAGACGAAAAGCAAUUCGCGAACAGCUGAAGGUUCAGAAUCGGAAAACCAGUCCCAAAUAACUUUGAAUUCAAAUUCUCACAAUCGUAGUCGUAAUAAACGUCGAAAAAAAGAAAAAAAUUCUGAAAAAGAUACAAGUGAAGAAAGCAACCUCACAUCCGCUGCAAAUCGUCUGUUUCAGUUAAAUAUGGUUGACGGCAAUCCACGGUUCGGCGAUCGUUUUGGUCGUAAAAUUGUUAAUUCACCUAUAGAAAAGAAAAAUAAUGCAUAUUCACUUUUUCAGGCAGGUGCAUCGCAAGUUCCUGAUCAGGUCGUUCGCACAGUUAUUGAUCGGAAAUUAAAUGAUAAGAACUUUAUUCCACUUAAUCAAGAACUUGAACGAAGUGAUUCUGAUCGACAAAAAACGGAGAAUAUUCGAGUAAAUAAAAGAUCAAAAAAGAAUAAUCGGUUUGUGCUCCAUUCAAAACCUAAACAAGAUUCAGUUUAA